GGAUGUCGGAGCUGAGCGACGAAGCCAGCGAGUCGGAGCUGCUGAGCCGCAGCCUGUCCAUGUGGCACGGGGUGGGACAGAUGAUCUGUCGGGAAGAGCUGGAUGUUCCCCUGGAUUUACACACAGCCUCCUCUGUCGGGCAGUAUGAGGUGGUGCAGGAGUGUAUCCAGCGUGGAGAUCUGGAUUUAAAUAAGAGGAAUUGUGGUGGCUGGACUCCACUGAUGUAUGCCUCCUACAUUGGCCAUGACACCAUUGUGCACCUGCUGCUGGAAGCAGGAGUGAAUGUGAACAUCCCAACACCAGAGGGACAGACACCACUCAUGCUGGCCUCCAGCUGUGGAAAUGAAAGUGUUGCUUACUUCCUUCUACAGCAAGGUGCAGAGCUGGAGAUGAAGGACAUUCAUGGCUGGACUGCUUUGUUCCACUGCACCAGUGCUGGACAUCAGCAGAUGGUCAAGUUCUUACUGGACAAUGGGGCAAAUGCCAACUGCAAGGAGCCAGUGUAUGGAUACACUCCUCUGAUGGAAGCAGCUGCUUCUGGCCAUGAGAUAAUUGUUCAGUACCUUCUCAAUCAUGGAGUGAAGGCAGAUGUCAGAGAUAACACUGGAGCCACAGCAAGGACCUUGGCCAUGAAAUAUGGACACACAAAGAUUGUGGGGCUGAUAGAUCUGCAUGCAGCCCCAGUGCCCAAGGUCUUCUGCAGGGGUCCAGGGAAAUAUGAAGAGCUGAGUUCCUCAGAUGAAUCAUGUUCUGCUCCCCAGAGACAGAGACCUGUUCGUAGGACCAAAGGUCCCAGCAUCCACGAUGGGCCCCAGGCCUUGGCUAAGAUAACUGCAGUUGGAAUUGGGGGGAAGAAGCAGUCUUGCUAUGAGCAGGUCCCUCCUCAGGGCUAUGUGACCUUCAAGGACGAUGGCAGCUGUGAAGCAGGUGACAUCCGGAACCGGGACGUCACCUCUCCCAUUAAUGAGCAGGAUGUGGAGAGCAGCAGCAGCAGGGAGGAUAAUGUUUCCUUCACCAACAACUUCACGACUGUCAGGAGCAGCAGCAGCAGCAGUGAGUGUCUGACUAGGGCCCUGGGGGUCAGCAGUGAAGGGUCCUUGGAAAGCAAUGAGGAUUCUGACCAUACAAACAGCCCCCCUAGUCGGAAGCAGGCCAAGAGCUUCAAGCUGAAGCCCCGCCACGGCAGCAUUGAGGGCCAGUGGACCCACUGCCCAGCAAAAGCUGGGGGCUCCAAUCAGCCCCUCAUCCUUCCUGAGCCCCCUGCCUAUACAGGGCCCCAGGACCUGGCAACAUUCCUGGAGCAGAUUGGGUGCCUGAAGUAUCUACAAGUGUUUGAGGAGCAAGAUGUUGACCUCCGGAUCUUCCUGACCCUCACUGAGAGUGAUCUGAAGGAAAUAGGCAUCACCCUCUUUGGCCCCAAGAGGAAGAUGACCUCUGCCAUCGCCCGGUGGCACAGCAAUGCACGCCCACCCAGCGACGCCCUGGAACUGGCCUAUGCCGACCGCCUGGAGGCUGAGAUGCAGGAGCUGGCCAUCCAGCUGCACAAGAGGUGUGAGGAGGUGGAGGUGAUGAAGGGCCAGGUGCGCCAGGAGCAGAAGCUGCGUGCAGUGGCCGAGAGCUGUUUGAUGGAGAGGGAUGAGACCUGGAAUGCUAUCCAGUGCCAGCUCAGAGAGGCACAGGCCAUCACCAAGGAUGCUGGAGUCCUGCUGGAUCAGAUCAAGUCCUGUCAAGCAGAGCUGUCCUCCAGGCUGACCCAGGAGCAGGCAGGGGGCAGAGCCCUGGACACGGAGGUGCAGUUGGGAUCUGGUGAGGGCAGGCGACCUGCUGAGCGUCCAGUGCUGGAAGGGUGGCCACCUUCCUUGAAGGCUCUGAGCUUGCCUGAGCUGUCAGCUGUCCUAGAGGAGUGUGUGGGAGAAAUGGGAAAAGCUCUGCAGACUGUGACUCAAAACCUCCAGAGGCUCCAAGCCCCAGGGCAGAGCUGGCUAGAGCCCUAA